CUGCCUCCUCUCCAGUAUUAUUCUCGGUUGCCGUGAGAGGCAGAACACACACACAGGCGGCAGGAUGUCGAUCGUCAGCAUCGUUGCCAGGGAGAUCUUGGACUCCCGGGGAAACCCCACUGUUGAAGUGGACCUUCGCACAGAGAAAGGUCUGUUCAGGGCUGCGGUGCCCAGCGGAGCAUCCACAGGGAUCUACGAGGCUCUGGAGCUCCGAGAUGGAGACAAGAGCCGCUACAAGGGCAAAGGUGUUUUGAAGGCAGUCGGGCACAUCAACGAUUCUCUGGGUCCGGCCCUUAUAGCCUCUGGCGUCAGCGUGGUGGAGCAGGAGCAGCUGGACAACAUGAUGAUCGAGAUGGACGGAACAGAAAACAAAUCUCAGUUUGGAGCCAACGCCAUCCUGGGCGUGUCUCUCGCCAUCUGUAAGGCCGGUGCAGCAGAGAAAGACGUCCCCCUGUACCGCCACAUAGCCGACCUGGCAGGAAACACGGAGCUGGUGCUGCCGGUUCCCGCCUUUAAUGUGAUAAAUGGAGGAUCUCAUGCAGGCAACAAACUCGCCAUGCAGGAGUUCAUGGUACUUCCUGUUGGAGCCGAGUCUUUCAAGGAGGCAUUGAGGAUAGGAUCGGAGCUGUACCACACUCUGAAGGGGGUGAUCCAGGAGAAAUACGGCCAGGACGCCACCAAUGUGGGAGACGAGGGAGGAUUCGCUCCCAACAUCCUGGAGAACAGCGAGGCUCUGGAUCUGCUGCAGACGGCCAUAGAGAAGGCCGGCUUCACGGACAAGGUGGUGGUCGGGAUGGACGUGGCCGCCUCUGAGUUUUACCGCGACGGGAAAUACGACCUUGACUUCAAAUCCCCACCGGAUCCAGAGAGACACAUCUCUGGAGAGGAGCUGGCUGACAUCUACCAGGGCUUCGUCAACAACUACCCAGUGGUGUCCAUCGAGGACCCGUUCGACCAGGACGACUGGGAGGCCUGGUCCCGUCUGACGGCCCAGGUGGGGAUCCAGGUGGUGGGGGAUGACCUGACGGUGACCAACCCCAAGAGGAUAGAGAAAGCUGCCGAGGAGCGAGCCUGCAACUGCCUGCUGCUCAAAGUCAACCAGAUCGGCUCCGUCACCGAGGCCAUACAGGCGUGUAAACUGGCUCAGGCCAACGGUUGGGGUGUGAUGGUGAGCCACCGCUCAGGAGAGACGGAGGACACCUUCAUCGCUGACCUGGUGGUGGGACUCUGCACCGGACAGAUUAAGACCGGCGCCCCCUGCAGAUCUGAGAGGCUCGCCAAGUACAACCAGCUCAUGAGGAUUGAGGAGGAGUUGGGCGACCAGGCUCGCUUUGCAGGCCACAACUUCAGGAACCCCAGCGCCCUGUGAAACUGACAGACGAAUGACUUACACACACACACACACACACACACACACACACACAUACACACACAUAAACUGACAGACACUCCAAACAUGGGAACGAGCCAUGCACAACGAAAUAUCACACAGAUUCAUUAAAAAACACGAGCAAAAGAGCCUAGCAAAAAAAAAUAAGAUAAUUAAAAUAUGCACUGGACUUAUAGGUAGGGUGAUGAUGCUGUAUGCACACACAGACACACACAUACACACACAUAUAUAGAGUAUGCAGAUGCAACACGCGCUCAUGCACAUGCAGGGGAAUACCAUAAAAAUGUCAAAUUUAUAAGCCAGACAUGCACUGUUACUGUAGUUUUAAUAGUUCAUGUACAGCCAGAGGACAGACCUGCAAAAAUAAAGAUUAUUGUUGUAAAAACAGAGAGAUAAAUAAGUAGAGAUAUAAUAGAAUAAUUUAGACUGAAAGAGAUGAAAAAACCUUUCAGCACCAAAAGAAGGAGAUACAUUCUCAGAAAGAAACACAAAACAGCUGUUUCAGGGACUGAGUGAAAAAAUAGAUACAAUAAAAUACAACACAAACACACUUCACACUCAGAUGUGUCUCACUCUCACCUGGACACUGAAGUACCUGCACUCCACCCACUUCUGUCCUCCCUUCCUUCCCUUAUUUUGUCUCCUUUUUCCUUCUCGUCUCGUCUGUUUCUCAGUUUUUAAAAACCCCUCUCUUUCUUCCCGCCCUGAUGUGAAUCUGAUUAUUUGUCCUUUAUGCUUGAAAAAUACCCACCUUUGUCCAAAAAGAAAGAAGAAAUCUAAACCCCUGAAUCCCUUCGUUCCUUCUGUUCCUCCUGAAUGUCCAUAGAUUAGCUGUGUUGAAAAAGAUGAAAGAAAAUAAGAAAAUUUAAAAAGAACAAAAAAAAA